AUGAAGCGCAAGGUUGCCAAACCUGCAGAGUCGGCAGAAGCCACAAUCAGCGUGGUUCCUGCGGAGCUUGACAUAGAAGCUGCAGCUCCGGCCAGCAUGUCGGAUGCGGAGCAAGCAGACCUGGCCCCUCUGCAGCGGACUGCAAGGCUCCCUUGGGACAAGCAAGAGAAGCUGUAUGGCUUGCUGCUGAGAAUCCUGGAGCGGAUUCGAGAUUCGCCCUCCGACGCCAAGCUGCGAUCCAUCAGCGCGACUGCUAAAAGUCUGCGUGCAGACGUCCUGGAAGUGGACGGAGGGCCUGAGCUAUUGCAGUGGGCUGGCUUUUGCCGCGUUGGUGACCGCUUCCAAGCCGAUCCUAUGGAACUUGGGGCAGACCUUGCAGCGUCACGACAUGCCGAGCUGCAGGCGUACGCCCUCCAGGAGCGUGAUGCCAACUUCCGUCGCCAGCGCGAUGCCCGGAUCGAGGCUGAGCGCCAAAGGCGCUUGCCUACCGGUGAUACUGGACCACCACUCCGCCGCUGGGGCGGCCGUUUGCCCAGCUUCGGCAGAGGAGCUCGUGGUUUCGUCGACACCUACGGCCUGGAGUGCUCCAAGUCAGGGCUUGCCGAACAAAUUCACUUGGUAACUUUGUGCGUUUGCAUCAGAUCCGAGGACGUAGUUCGCGGUUUGGCAUUGUAG